CAGAGGGAGGAAAGAUGGCGGCGGCCCAGUCCGAGAGAGAUCUUCCAUCCGAUUUAUGUUCUGAAUUCCUGAAUUUCUCCGCCAAAGACACCGCGUCGCGGUGGGUGGUGGCGUCUGAUCUGCAGCAGGAGGUGUACAGUCACCUGGCGUUAUAUGUACCCAAAAUCUUUUGCCUGGGCCCGAGCCGGGGCAGCAGCAGAGAGGAGCAGAGGGAAGAGCAGAGGGAGGAGCUGGCUUGUCAGCUACUCCUCCUAGCUCCCCUGGAAUGGCUCCUGUUGGGGGAGGAUCCAGCUGCUGGUCUUGCCCUCCUUCAGGAGAAGAACGUGCCAUCACCAUUGUGUGGACAUGUGUUCAAAGUUGGAGAGCCCACCUAUUCCUGCAGGGAGUGUGCAGCAGACCCUACUUGUGUUCUGUGCAUGCAGUGUUUCCUGGGCAGCGUUCACAAAGAUCAUCGAUACAGGAUGACAACAUCAGGAGGUGGAGGUUUCUGUGACUGUGGAGAUGCUGAAGCCUGGAAGAAAGGUCCUUACUGCCACAAACACACACCCACAGACAGCAGCAGGAACUCUCAGGAGGAGCCUAUAGCUCAGCUGCCUGCUGACAUGGUUGCCCGUGGUUACAGCAUCUUUUCCAUUAUCCUCAAGUAUGCUGUAGACAUGUUGACCUGGGAACAGGAGGAGCAGCUACCUGAUGGACUAGCUCCACCGGAGAAGGAAGACACCUUUUACUGCAUGUUGUUUAAUGAUGAAGUCCACACCUAUGAACAGGUGAUCUAUACUCUGCAGAAAGCUGUAAACUGCAGCCAGAAAGAAGCUGUCAGCUUUGCCACCACUGUGGACCGAGACGGCAGAAAAUCAGUUCGAUAUGGAGAUUUUCAGUUCUGUGAACAGGCAAAGUCUGUUAUUGUGAGGAACACCAGCCGUCAGUCCAAGCCUCUUAGGGUUCAGGUGAUGCAUUCAUCUGUUGUCGCUCACCAGUGUUUUGCUCUGAAGGCUCUCAGCUGGUUGGGACAAGUCAUCCAGUAUUCUGAUGGUCUUAGAAGGAUCCUGUGUCAGGUUGGCCUGCAGAAAGGUCCAGAAGGAGAACACUCCUCGCUGGUCGACCAACUGAUGCUCAAUGAUUCCAAGAUGUGGAAAGGAGCAAGGAACAUUUACCACCAGCUGCUUAUGAACAGCCUCCUCAUGGACCUCAAGUACAAGAAGAUCUUUGCCAUCCAGUUUGCCAAGAACUACAGACGCCUCCAGACAGAUUUUAUGGAGGAUGACCACGAGCGAGUUGUGUCAGUGACUUCUUUGUCUGUUCAGCUCUUCACCGUCCCAACCAUGGCCAGAAUGCUCAUGGUGGAGGAGAACCUCAUGACAACCAUCAUCAGAACGUUUGUAGAUCACCUUCGUCACAGAGACCUGCAAGGACGCUUCCAGUUUGACCGCUACACCGCCCAGCAGGCCUUUAAGUUUGGACGGGUCCAGAGCCUUAUUGGAGACUUGAAGUACGUUCUGAUCAGCCGUCCCUCUGAGUGGAGCGAUCAGCUCAGACAGAAGUUUCUGGAAGGUUUUGAUGCUUUCCUGGAGCUGCUGAAGUGUAUGCAGGGUAUGGACCCAGUGGUCAGGCAGGUGGGACAGCACAUAGAGAUGGAGCCAGAGUGGGAAGCAGCAUUCACUCUGCAGAUGAAGCUGACUCACAUCAUUACCAUGAUCCAAGAGUGGUGCUCCACAGAUGAGCACGUGCUGAUUGAGGCUUACAGGAAGUGUCUGAACGCACUCAGUCACUGUCAUAGCAGCCUCCCAGAUGGCGAGCAGCCAAUCAGCUUGAGUCUGGCAGGUCACAGUGUGGAGACGUUCAGAUACCAGGUGUCUCAGGACAAAGUAUCCAUACACCUGCCAGUCUGCCGACUGCUGGCAGGGCUCCAUGUUCUCCUCAGCAGGACAGAAGUGGCCUCACGUUUCCCUGAGCAGCUUCCUCUGGGAGAACUCAGUCCCCCUCUCCUGAUCGAACUCCCCCUCCGCUGCUUGGUGCUCUGUGCUCAGGUGCAUGCUGGGAUGUGGAGGAGGAACGGGUUUUCCUUAAUAAACCAGAUUUAUUAUUACCACAAUGUCAAGUGCAGAGUGGAGAUGUUCGACAAAGACAUCAUCAUGCUGCAGGCGGGAGCGUCCAUGAUGGAUCCAAACCACUUCCUGAUGAUCGUUCUGAGUCGAUUUGAACUGUUUCACAUUUUUAGCUCUGCCGAUUGUAGAAAGAGAUACCGGGAGGCUAACAAGGAUGUGGUCCAGCAGAACAACACUUUGAUCGAGGAGAUGCUUCAUCUCAUCAUUAUGGUCAUCUGUGAGCGAUACGUGUCAGGUGUUGGCCAGGUUGAACCUUUUGAUGAGGUCAGAAGAGAAAUCAUCCACCAGCUGUCCAUCAGACCAAUGGCUCACAGUGAGCUGGUGAAGGCGCUGCCUGAAAAUGGGAACAAGGAGACGGGCCUUGAGAGAGUCAUCGACACCGUGGCUUCAUUCAAGAAGCCAGGUGUGACAGGCCGAGGUCUGUAUGAACUGCGUCCUGAGUGGAAUAAACACUUCAACCUGUAUUUCUAUCACUACAGCAGAGCUGACCAGUCCAAGGCUGAGGAAGCUCAGAGGAAGCUGAGGAGGCAGAAUGGAGAGGACACAGCUCUGCCCCCGCCUCUCCCUCCACCUCUCUGUCCUCUGUUUGGCAGCCUGGUGAAUCUUCUGCAGUGUGACGUGCUCCUGGCCAUAGAAGGCGCUGUGCUGCAGUGGGCCGUAGAGCCCAGUGGGGGGUGCUGGACCGAGUCCAUGCUGCAGCGGGUGCUUCAUCUGGUGGGCAUGGCUUUACUGGAAGAGCAGCAGCAGCUGGAGAACGGCAGCGGAGACGAGGAUGUCACCUUCAACUACACCUGCAAGAUUACACGUCCAGGUGAAGCUCCAAGUACCUCAGGAAGUGUCUUAGCUCUGUUGGAGAGUUUACAGAAUGCUCCUCACCUGGAGGUUCACAAAGAUAUGAUCACCUGGAUCCUUAAGAUGGUGACAAACAUUAAAACGAUGAGAGAACGGACAUCAGCCACUUCCACUGUCACCAUCAGCCAGGGACAAGGGCUUGAAGAGACGGUGCGGGACAAAGACAAGGCUGAGAGGAAGAGAAAGGCGGAGAUGGCUCGGCUCAGGAGAGAAAAGAUCAUGGCUCAGAUGUCAGAGAUGCAAAAACACUUCAUCAAUGAGAAUAAAGAACUUUUCCAGCAAAGUCUGGAGGAGCUGGAGGCCUCAACAUCUGCUGCUGCAGAGAUCAGUCCUCCAAGUUUAGAGCACACCUGUCUCUCCCAGGUGUGUGUUGGUCCCAGGAGGGUGAGCAGAGCUGAACGGCGUCAGCUGGUUACCUGCAUAUUGUGUCAGGAGGAGCAGGAGGUCAGAGGUCAUGGUAAAGCCAUGGUUCUGGCAGCAUUUGUUCAGAGGUCCACAGUUCUGUCCAAAAACCGGCAACGCAACUUACCUGAUCCAGAGCAUCACGACCCUCUGUUCAUGCACCCUGACCUGUCUCUGGGGAUUCACACGGCCAGCUGUGGACACAUCAUGCACGCCACCUGCUGGCAAAGGUACUUUGAAGCAGUACAGUUGAAGGAGCAGAGACGUCAGCAGCGCCUUAGAGGUCACACCAGCUACGACGUGGAGAACGGAGAGUUUCUGUGUCCGCUGUGCGAGUGUCUGAGCAACACUGUGAUCCCUCUACUGCCACAUACACACUCGCCUAACCCAAGUGUGGAUCAUCCCAGUCUUGAAUCGUGGCUUAAAACAACCAAUCAGCAGAUAGCAGCACUACACUCCUCGCACAGGAAGCAGUCUGACGAGCUAGCCGAGGAUGCAGAGCCUGUUGCUCCUGAAGGAUUCAGAGUCGAUUUCACUCCACAGAACCCAUUCUCCAACAGCAUCAGUGAGAUGAUCACCACGUUCAGCAUGUCCACCUACAAGGUGGGGCUGAAGGUGAACCCAAAUGAGCAGGACCAGAGAGUCCCAAUGUUGGUCUGGUCCACCUGUGCCUACACCAUCCAGAGUAUAGAGCGCCUCCUGAUGGACGAGGAGAAGCCGUUGUUUGGAAGUUUACCCUGCCGACAGGAUGACUGUCUGAGCUCUCUAGCCAGGUUCAGUUCAGCCUGUUGGACUGCUGCUCCACUGACAACAGUUCACUCACACUUCAUAAGACUGUUCUCAGCCCUGGUCCCUGACUCUCAGGUUGAAAACACUCCGUGUAUCUUCGACAUUGACAUGUUUCACCUGCUGGUGUACAGUGUGUUGUCAUACAGCUCAGUUAGCAGUCUAGACCAGUCAGGACGGAGUGGGGUGGACUCGGCUCACCUCCACCUUCUUCACCUGAUAACAGUGGCUCACCUGGUUCAGAUCCUGCUAACCUCCACCACGGAAGAGGUGAGUAUGGAUCAGGACGGUGGGGGAUCAGAGGAGGAGGAGCUCGUAUGUAAGCUCUACAGCAUGCUCAGAAAACACCUGGGCAGUGUGUUACCUGAAGUCACCUCUGGGUGGCAGCUGCUUCGCUGUGUUAAAGUGGGUGUUCUGCCAUUCCUCCGAGCUGCUGCUCUCUUCUUCCACUACCUGAACUCUACAGCACCACCUACUGACCUGCUGGUUGCAGGUCAUGGCCAGUGGGAGGCACUGUGCAGCUACCUCAGUCUGCCCUCUAACCUGCUGCAGAUCUACCAGAGCCAUCACACACUGCUGGAACCGCUCAUACACAGGUGGUGUUGUCAUCCAGGGGUGAGACAGACGCUGCAGGCCGGAGGUCUCAUCAUCAGAUUCCCCAGAGUGUCGAACCGCCUGAUUGAAUUGCCGGAGGAUUACAGCGUCCUGAUCAACCAGGCGUCCAGCUUCACGUGUCCACGGUCAGGGGGAGACAAAUCUCGAGCUCCCACCUUGUGUCUGGUCUGUGGCUCCAUGCUGUGUUCUCAGAGUUACUGCUGUCAGACAGAGGUAGAUGGGGAGGACGUAGGAGCCUGCACCGCUCACACCUUCACCUGUGGAGCCGGCGUGGGCCUCUUCCUCAGGGUCAGAGAGAGCCAGGUGUUGUUUGUAGCAGGUAAAACAAAGGGCUGUUUCUAUCCUCCUCCAUACCUGGAUGACUAUGGAGAGACGGACCAGGGCUUGAAGCGGGGGAACCCUCUCCACCUGUGUUUGGAGCGCUACAGGAAGAUUGAACGUUUGUGGCGUCAGCAUGGUAUCGCCGAGGUCAUUGGUCAUGCUCAGGAGGCCAAUCAGACGCUGGUUGCUAUCGACUGGCAGCAUCUGUGAUGUUGAGCUCCGCCCAUGUUCAGAACCUGGGUUGGUAAUUGGCUGUCCUUGUCGCCCUGCCUCUUUUUAAAAACAACUCCUCCUUGACUAAUCAGCUUCCCAGCGCUGAGCUCAGAUCAGCCUUCAGGGAUUUUUUUGGGACUUCUGGCUUUUUGGUUUCUGUUUAAUGGAGGACUUUUACCUUUGACCUCUUACACAAGUGAGAGAGGGGAUACAUAACUGACUCCAUAUUUAGUGCUUUCACUCACACAGCCUGGAAGUUUCUGAAGUUUCUAUACCAAUUUUAAAUUGAAUUUUCAGCAGAUGUUGAGUUUUGUAGUUUUGAAUUUUUUAUGUUUUGAAACAGUCAAAAUUCUGCAGAAGAAUUUGGUUUACAGGCCACUUCAAAGCUUCGUCUUUUAUUUAUCAUGGGUAUCAGACUGUCUGCUCUCUACAUGAUGGAUUGAGGAGGUCUGUUUGAGAUCCUCUGAUCAUAGUACUCAUAUCAGCUGCUGAGGUUCAUUGUGCUGCAGGACUAAAGGACAGAACAGGAACCUGGAUCAUGAGAAUGCUGAUACAUUAAAGACUUAGUGCAAAUAUGAAUGAUCCUGCAGUGACGGGGAAAAGAGAAGGGUCCAGUCCAAAUUCAGAGAGUAACUAAACCCCAGAGAUUCAGCCGAUGUUCAUCUGCCUGGACAGGUGGAAGGAUAAUACAUGUCCUCUCAGCCACAACAUCAUAGUCUAUGCUGCUAACAUCAAAGGUAGACUCAUUAUGAGCUUCCUGACAGUGAAACCAUGUUUCUAUGCUCCUGCAGAAGACUCAAGUGUAUAGUGUCAGACUUGUUUUUAGAAAAACAUGGUUCAUUCAGGAUCUCUAAGAAAAGGCUACACUACCCACAAUUCUCUCUGGUUGGUGGAGGCUGCCAGUUUCAGCUAUCAGCUGCUUCUGCUGAGGGUAACCUUCAUGGAUGAAAUGGGCUGGUGCCACAUAGGUCACUGAAUCAGCCAAUAGAAACAUUCAGUUGCAGUUGCCUUUCUCCAGCCUGUAGAGGGCAGUCACCAUGCAUAAUGCUAACACUAAAUGUUGAAUUUCAAAGCUGCAUUUCCAAAUGUUGAUAUUUGGACCAGCAUUGAUCAACAGCACGACAAAAACCCAUAAACAGAAGUUUUCAGCUGAACUAAAGGGUCUAAAGGGUUUAGCUGCUCUUUAAUGAAUUAUCCAGAACAUUUUCACUCCACGCAAACGAGUAAAGAUAGGAAGUUUUUACAGCUGCUUUUGUUCAGAUCACUGAUGAUCCAGAUCCAGGAGUUCACUGCUCAUUCUGCAGCAACAUCCGGACCGUCAGUGAGUGAGGAAUAUUACUUUUAGUCAUAUGAAUCAUUCUUUGUGUCUUAUCCAUCAGUUUGGCAGAAUAUCAAUCCACAUAUCAGAAGUGUGUUUAGAAAUGAAAGGCAGAUCAGAUGACUGCUCUUGUUUUCUCUUUUUUAAGUUUAGUUUGUUGUUUUAAGUUUCUAUUUAAAGAGAUGUAUGCUUCGGUGUGACAUUAUUUUCUGUUCACAGGGGCUGACUGCGGGUUUUUUAAUUUCUUUUUUUAGUUUAUGACGUGAGAUUCAGACAUCCUGAACAGACAGAAACACAGAUAUCUGCUUCAUUUAUUUAUUUAUUUAUUAGUUUGGAACAAAUAUCUGAUUUGAUCUGAUAUCUGAAUGCCCGUUUUAUUUCUUGUUUCAGAUUUUUUGCUCAUUUAUGUUCAGUUUUAAACAAAAAGAUUUUCUGAUCUACAAAUGUGUUCAAAGCAUGUCGCCUUCUCACGCUUCAUCGUCUAUCACAGCUAACUUGUUAAUAUGUGAAUUUUUGUAAAAUUGACUUAUGUACAUUACUGUAUAAGAAUAACAAAACAAAUAAAAAUGUUAAAAGAU